AAUCAAAAGCUGCGGCGAUCCAAGUUAGGUGAAGUUUUCGAAAGUUUGAUGAUAUUUGAUUUUCACCCGACAAAUUGGCGUCAGCGAGAAGGAUCUGUUAACGAAGGCAAGGCAGGGCCAAAGCUGAAAAAAGUUCGUGGGCCUCUGGAGUUACGGGCCUUUGGAUUAUAACUGAAUCUUCGGCCUUUGGAUGAAUAAGCUCAAAGUCCUAAUCAAGAAACGUAGGCUAAUACGGCCCUAAAUCCUAUUUCCUGGUAAAGGGCAGCAGGUAUAAAAGCCUAGCGGAAGUCAAAAUUAGGAGGCAAACAAACCAACAACUGAACCAUGCUCCAACCCCCUCAAACUCUAAUUCUCAUUCUGAAAAUGGUGAAGAACCCACCUCUCAAAGCUCUCUCGCUCUUUAACUCUUCAAUUGUCCAAGGUCUUCAACACACCCCUGAAUCCAUAGCGUUUUCUCUAGACAUUCUCCUUUCUUCCAACAUGCUCCUACAUUCUCAGUCCAUUAUCCUCCAGAUUAUCUCUGGUAGAAUCUUGUCUCCUUUCUUCACUUCCUUGUCUCUGUUCCAACAUUUAACUCAACCCGACUUGUAUCCCAACUCAAUGAAUCAAACCCUUCUCUAUGAAUCAAUAAUCAAUGCCCAUGUUCAAUCUCAGUUACCUGAUCAAGCCAUAUAUUAUUUCAAUCAAAUGGUAGACAGAAACCUUGUGGUUGGACCCAAUACAUUGAAUAAUAUAAUGAGUUUUCUUAUAAAAUUUGAUUCUUUUGAUAAAGCUUGGAUGCUUUUUACCAAGUCCAAGGGGAGGGUUAAGUUGGACGUUUAUAGUUUUGGGAUAAUGAUCAAAGGAUGUUGCGAGGCAGGUGAUUUAAGCAAAAGUUUUGAGCUUAUAGGUCAGGUAGAAGAAUUGGGUUUGUCUCCAAAUGUUGUUAUAUACACUACUUUGAUUGAUGGGUGUUGUAAAAAUGGUGACUUUGACAAGGCAAAAAUGUUGUUUUGCAGAAUGGAGGAGCUUGGGUUGGUUCCCAAUGAAUAUACAUACACAGUUUUAAUCAAUGGAUUCUUUAAAAAAGGACUUAAAAAAGAUGGCUUUUUGCUAUAUGAGAAGAUGCAGCUCAAUGGGGUGAUUCCUAAUUUAUAUACUUACAAUUGUGUGAUGAAUGAGUAUUGCAGUGAGGGAAAAGUAAAUAAAGCUUUCGAGAUGUUUGGUGAAAUGCGUGAAAGAGGAGUAGCAUGUAAUGUUGUUACAUACAAUAUUUUGAUUGGAGGAUUGUGUAGAGAGACAAAAGUUUGGGAUGCUGAGAAGUUGGUGGAUCGAAUGACGAGGGCUGGUAUAAGUCCAAAUUUGAUUACAUAUAACUCGCUAAUAGAUGGUUUUUGCAACGUUGGAAAGUUCGAGAAGGCUAUGUAUUUAUUUAAUCAAUUGAAGACGAAGGGCCAAUCUCCAUCUUUGGUGACUUAUAACAUUCUCAUUUCUGGUUUUUCUAGAGCAAGAGACUCAGCAGCAGUUGCUGGUUUGGUAAAGGAAAUGGAGGAGAGAGGCAUAAGCCCUUCUAAAGUAACAUAUACAAUCGUAAUUGAUGCAUUCAUUAGAUCAGAAAACACAGAGAGAGCAUUUGAGUUAUAUUUGUUUAUGCAGAAGGCUGGUCUGGUUCCAGAUGUUUAUACCUUUGGUGUCUUGAUUCAUGGGUUGUGCACAAAGGGCAGUAUGAAGGAAGCAGGGAAACUAUUUAAAUCAAUGGACGAAAUGCAGUUGAAGCCCAAUGAUGUCAUAUACAACACAAUGAUUCACGGGUAUUGCAAAGACGGUAGCUCCUAUAGAGCCCUGAGGCUGCUUCAAGAAAUGUGUGAGAAGGGGCUGGUUCCUAAUGUUGCUAGCUACAGCUCUACUAUUGGACUUCUUUGCAAGGAUGGGAAGUGGCAAGAGGCUGAGGCUUUAUUGAAAGAGAUGAUUGAGUCAGGUUUGAAACCCACAGUCUCUAUAUAUAAUCUAAUCUCUAAAGCCAAACACGUUACAUAGUUGAAGAUUCCAAGCACCAUCUUCUGAACGUGAUGCUAUUUGGAAGGAAAUCGAAAGUGUGGAGACAUUCAAUAAAACAUGGAUGUCUGGGGGCUUUAACUAAUAGCCCAAAGCUUUCAUUGUGUGAAGGAGGAUAUCAGAGACUUGUACUAUGAAGGAAAUAGAGGAGACCACAAGUGAAAUGAGGUUUGUCCUAUCUCCUAAAUGCUAUCCAAAAGCUACCAUUUUUGAAGGAGGAGAUCUGAGAUAUCCAAGCAGUGUGGAGUAGUUACUUCAUUUCUGUGUAAGCUUGAUCACUCUGCAUAUUAACUGUUUCAUGUCCCCUUCAUUUUUGUCAAAAAGAUCCUCUAGAUUGACGUUUGAUCAUCUAGUCCGUUACUUUGCAUAUAGCAGAUGCAGGGCUAUGUAAAUUGAACUUUCAAUUUCACUAUUCAAUUUCAUUAGAGAGGGUAAUACUCUUUGAUUAAAUUCAAUUUCUUUUAUGCUGAUUAAAAUGGGAAAAAACCAACGGGGACGUCAAUGGCGACGAAAAUAAAGAAGGGGGACGAA